UCCCCUAUAUAAAUUGUUGCAUGUUCAUACUCAAUCUUACCCUCUGCUUCUCUUACAAUUUCCUCCAAAGAUACCGGGCACAAAAUGAAGCAAAAGGUGGUGAUCAGAGUGGACAUGUCUGAUCCCAAGAAGUCCAAGGCCAAGGCCAUGAAGAUUGCAGCUACUUUUCCCGGGGUAGAAUCAGUAGCAAUAAAGGGAGAUAACAAGGAUAAGCUAGAGGUGGUCGGAAAUGAAAUUGAUACGGUCCAGCUUGCUAAAUUGUUGCGAAAGAAUGUGGGGAGUGCAGAUUUAGUGAGUGUUGGUCCGGCUAAAGAUGAAAAGAAAGAUGAGAAGAAGCCUUAUUUUCAAGUUUAUGGUCAGAAUAGUUACCCUUAUAAUUACUAUUAUGCUGGACAGGUUCCGAGUUAUCAACCUGUUUAUGAGGUCAGAGAUUCCUACAGUGACCCCAGUUGCUCGAUUAUGUGAUCAGCUGACUGCUGAAAGUGUAUCGAUGAUCGGUCUCAUCUUCAGGAUUUGAAGACGUAAAAAAAGUAGACACCUGAGUAUCACGCCAAGUAUUACAUACCUGUACAACACUAAUAACGGCAGUGAAUUUUUCUAUUGGUUGCUUAGCUUAGCUGCACAUAUAUGUAAAUCUGUUUCUGUAAUUAUAAACUAUUACUGUGAUUUUUUCCA